UGGCGCAAUGCCGGAGUAGCGACCGCUGUUCCAAAAAAUAAAUUUGUUCUUCACGUCUGCAAUUAUCACAAGUUAGCAGUAUUUUUUUGCACUUUUAUCUAUUAUUUUCUAAAUUACAGACGUUUAUUUUUAUAUUAUUUUUAAUUUCAUAUUUUGAAUUUGACAAUUUUUUCCAUAGCGAAAACAACCCUGUUUUUCGUUUCCAGCACACUGAACAUACCAUAAAAGUAAUGAUUUCCCGCUUUUUAAAACAACAUGAGAAAGUGAACAGAACGAUCAUCAAAGGUUUCACAAACUAGUUCUUUGAAAAAGUAAAAAUUUAAAAGAAAUCAAAUAAGACUGAAUUAUUAGCAAACAAGAUACAAAGAACAAAACAAUAGUUGCUAAUUUCUGACCUGAAACGGCGUCCAAUUAUGUAGUGCGUCAAGUGUUGAUCGCGAGCAGCUGUCCUAGCACGGCUUAUUUAAAUAAAAAAAAGAAAACAAAGAAACCAAUAAUAACUCUGUACACAACUAAAUAUUAAUAAGUUCGCAAUGUUCAUACAGGACCUUAGACAGGACUUCUACAAUCGUUUAGUGGGCAAACGUUUGCUUAUAAUUGUGAAUUAUGACAUCGAUGCUAUAUGCGCCAGCAAGAUUUUACAGUCUCUCUUCAAAUAUGACCACAUGCUGUAUUCUGUGGUGCCAAUAAUGGGUUUAGCUGGUCUCCAACGCGCCUACAAUGAACAUCAGGGAGAUGUAAAGUUUGUAUUGCUUAUCAAUUGUGGUGGUUGUGUAGAUAUAGUCGAGUUGCUACAACCCGAAGAGGAUGUAACGUUCUUUAUUUGCGAUGCUCAUCGCCCUUUAGAUGUGUGCAACAUUUACAGUGAUCGACAGGUUUGCAUCUUGGGCGAUCCUGCACUGGAAGAAAAUAUACCCGCCUUCGAGUCCAUCUUCUGCCAAUCCGAAGAUGAGGAUAGUGAAAAUGACGCAGACGAUGAUGUUGGCAAUGAUAGUGGCGCUGGUGGUUCUGAUGAGGAGGGCAGUGAAAAAGCACAACAACCACCCGCACACAAAUUAAGUCGCCUCGAGCGCCAUGAACAACGUAUUAUUAAGCAAAGGCAACGCCGCACGUGGGAGAAUGAACGUGAUCGCAUUAUGUUUGAAUAUACACAAUAUAGUUUUUAUGGCCGCUCAACAGCAUUAACAAUAUUUGAAUUGGCUUGGAAGUUGUCGAAGGAUAAUAUGGAUUUGUUGUGGUGGGCCAUUGUUGGUCUAACAGAGCAAUUGAUUCUGGGAAAAAUUGAGAGUAGCGCGUAUACGUUAGAAAUAGAGCAUGUGCAGUCUCAUGUUUCACGUUUAACAAAUAAAACUAACGAUCAGAGUAAUACGAGCGCUUCAAAAAUCAAUUUUGAAAACGAUCUGCAUUUAGUGCUCUACCGACAUUGGAGUGUGGUAGAGUCCAUGCGCUACUCCAUGUAUUGUGCUUGCAAAAUGCGUUUGUGGACGUUGCGUGGUGAGAAGCGUUUACAUGAGCUUCUUGUCGAAAUGGGUUUGCCACUGGUGCAAGCCCGCCAGAUGUUCAGCGCUAUGGAUUUGGUGUUGCGACAGGAAUUCUAUAAAAUGUUGGAAAAGCUGGCUGAAAAGUAUGGCAUUCCGGACAUAGUAUACGGUUCGUUUACUCUGAAUUACGGCUAUCGCAAUCGUUAUGCUGCUGCUGAUUACGUCUAUGGCAUGCUAGCUAUUCUUGAGUCAGUGAAAAAAGAUAAAACACCUGAGGAUUGCUUUUUGGAAGCAUUGGAUAGCUUAUCGCGAAAUCAUCGCGACAUUAUGUUGGAAGGUAUUGAAAACGCCAAACUCUUACUCUCUUCCAUAUUUAAACAAGUACAAAGCAGCUUGGAGGCGCAUCAAGUGCUCUCCACAGGCACAUUCUUCUAUUACAUCUUAACUGAAGAGAACACAUAUUUCUCUUAUCCUUACGGUUUGACUUUGUUGGCGAAGUUCAUUUUGAAUGGCCAUGUGGCAGGGUCGCGCAGUCGUCAAGCGCCAGAAUUGCCACUUAUCGCCAGCUGCCCGGUGGAUGUGGAACGUGGUCUGUGCCUGCUGGUAGGCAUACCACCUGUGCGAGAAGAUUCGCCGAAGAAUUUCUUUGGUAAAGCAUUCGAACAGGCAGCCAGUAAAUGCAAUGCAGUAAUUUUGCAGGACUUUUUCGAUUCUUCGUUAAUACAAAUAAGACAAAAUGAUAUGGCGAAAUUUUUAGAUGCGCUCACUGUACUUUUGGCUUAGUAAUUAUUGACUUUGAUUUAGUUUAUUUUAGGAAGUAAAGAAAAUUAUAACUAUAUACAUGUUUUAUUUAUAAUUGUAAACACUAUUUAACCGAUAUGACCUGAUAAGAUUGUUAAAUUUAAAUUUUUAGUAAUAUUUAUAAAUAAUAAUAGACUUUGUAAUUGUUUAAUGCAUUUUUUAGAAUUGAAAACGACGAAAAUGACAUAAAAUGCAAUGAAUCAAAGAAAGAUGUAAUGUGAAUAUAUAUUGUAUUAGAUUCCAUUACAAAAUAAUGCGUUCAAAUUAAAGAACAUUUAUUUAUAAAAAGGUCCGACUAAUAUCACAGAC